AUGCGAUACGGGCAUCCCUGUGCACAUUCCAAUGUAUUGGCGUCUACACAUGGCUUGGUUCUCUGUUGUAGGCGAAAACAUGAUUGUUGUGAUCAAUAUCCUGACGGUGUAUCAAAAUACUACAUCUGUAACCCUCUUACUAAAGAGAUUCGUAGACUCUCUAUGCUUCCCCCGGAAUUUCCUGAGACAACGCAUUUUGGCAGUUGGCCUUAUGGUUCAGUAUACGGAUCAGCUAAAUCAGCUGUAUCAUCCGAAUCAGCUAAAUCAGUUGUAUCGUGGAGAGUGUUUCGAAUCCUAAGUUGCAGUGAUAGUGAAACAUUCCAUGUGCAAGUCUAUUCUUCUGAUACACGUUCAUGGAACACAUAUGAUGUAAGCUGCAGUGAAGAGUUUCAUGGUUGGCGAUGGAUUCGCAAUAUCGUUAGCAAAGAAGGAAAUCUUUAUUGGUUAGGAAAAGAAAACCAGAUCAUCUGCCAUCCACUUAACACCAGCAAAUGUUCUUUGAUUGGUUUGCCCGACAUGGCCGAGGAUGAUGAGGAGGAGGACGAUGACGAUGAUGAUGACGAUGGGGUGCAUCUGAAUAUGGGAUGGUUAAUAGAUGCAUCUGAUGAUAAGGUAUAUUUUGAGUGUAUUGGGAUGGUUAAUGGGUACAUUAGUUAUUGUCGAAUGGAUGAAGUGCAUCUGAAUAUCUGGAACUAUAAUGGUAAGUCAUGGGUUAAAAUCCAUACUGCUGACUAUGAAGAUAUGGAAUCUAGCAUACAAUGGCUGCCUCGUUCUAAAAGAGAGUUGUUGUCUGGUUCGGGUGGACAUACAAGCGUGGGUUACCAAUAUAUGGAGCCAUUUUGUUUUGUCGAAGCGGAUAAUAUUCUGAUCUUAAAGAAGGGAACUGAUAUGCUUGCUUACAACAUUACCGAUGGUUCUCUAAGGCAGCUGACCUCCACCCGAGAUGACUUUGACACAUUGAUAGAGCCAUGGGAAACAGCAAUCUGGUAA